AUGACUCCGGGUGAUCUAGCGUUGGUGAAAAGUUUGCUGGAAUGUGGAGCCGAUCCUUGCCUAGGAGGACGACAUCAGCUGCCUCCUCUCCAUCUUGCCGCUAUGAUCGGAAGUUCAUCGAUAGCGCAGGCGCUGGUGACCGAUGGUGCUUCUCUGGAGGCGAACGACUUCGUCCUUUUUACUGCUCUUCACUGUGCCACGUAUUUUGCCAACGAGCAG